UUGGAAUUAUCGGUAAACUGUUUAACACACGCUAAUUUUCCUGGUUGUUUUGCAGUCGGAGUUUCCCCCAAUGUUUUUCCCCCUGGCAGUCCAGUUGUUCCUGCACACAUUUUGAGCUUGUCUACAGCACUGAUUGAUGCGACGGAGCUCACUGAUUGCUGCAAAAGCGGAAGGCGUCAUUUCGAGCAGAUGUCAACGUGUUCGAAGUUGAAACUCACAGAAAAAGAUGGGAUUUGCAUUCGAACAGCAGCAAUUUGCUGUAUGAGCACACUACUGAACCAGAGCUGUGAACUGGGCAUAAAAAUGGCUAACGAGGACGAAUAUUGCCCGUUUGCUCUCAAUGAGAUUGGUGGAGGACUUCGUAAGGAGUGUUGCGACUGCUGUAUGUUAGCCAAGGAACUCACUAGGAAACACGGUAAUUGUACCCCACCAAACGGCUUCAGUGAGACGUGUUUACGUUCAUUCCAUCAUUGCUGCUCGCGAAAGUCGGGCGGAAAAUACAGUUUACAGGAUCAUCAUCAUUAUGAAAGUCAUUCGGAUGCAGUGGGUGUGCAGCGUAUCGGGGAUCGCUGCGCCUUGGCGAACUGUGAACACGUAUGCACCGAUCGCGGGGGUGCAUCGGUGGAAUGCUCCUGUCAUGCCGGAUAUGAGCUCGGUUCGGACGGUUACUCGUGCGUCGACAUAGACGAAUGCGAUACGCGUGAAACGGUAUGUACACUGCCUAAUGCGCACUGCCUCAACACUCCUGGAUCAUUCUCCUGCGUCUGCUUACCAGGUUUCUACUGGAGUGAUGUCGGCUCCGUCUGUGUAGUAAUCACAGCAUGUGUUGUGUUUAUCCUAGACAUUGAUGAAUGCCUGCUGUUGGCGGACAAUUGCUUGGAAAGCCAGCGCUGCCUGAACACGCCGGGUUCAUUCAAAUGCAUUCGGACGUUGUCCUGUGGUACAGGAUAUGCGUUGGACAGUGAUACUGAGCAGUGCAUUGGUUCAUUUUUCUUUUUCUUCACGUCUAACUUUAAUGUUUGCAAGUGUUUCUUUAUUUUACUUUUGUUUUUUGCACUAAACUCAUUUCGUAUGUCAGAUAGUGACGAGGCGAACUUAUAGGG